GCAAAGGGCGGAGUCGUCAUUAGCGUUUCCGGUGUGGGAGCUCCGUGUUGUGAGGAGAUACCGGGAGCUCAGACUGGGAAAGGGGGCGGCCGACAACCCGGAAACAGCCGCCAUUACUCGGUAUACCGGAGCCUGGCGGGGGGGGAUCCUCGCUGUGUGCUGAGCUCUCUGCCCUGCCUGCCAGCCAGCCGUGUACCCGGGGAGGGCCAUGCUCGGGGGGGCCGCCGGCGGUCACUGAGUGCUGUGUGCUCCUCACUGGGCUCUGCCGUCCCAGCGCUGGGUAAUAGGAGCUCAGCAGGUGAAGGAGACCAGCUGCACCCCCUCUCUCUGACCGGGUACCCCAAUACUAAGACCUGCUGGGAGUGAGAGGAAACCCAGGGAGACCCCCAGCAAGACCACCACCACCCUCUCCAGAAAACCAGACAAAGGCAUCCCACUCCCUGGGCUAGGAGACCCCCAGCAAGACUAGACCACCACUUUCUCCAGAGAACCAGGAGUCCCAGGACACCAAACAAAGGCAUCCCACUCCCUGGGCUAGGAGACCCCCUGAGUGGGGGGACCAGAACAGGUACCAAGAACGUGCUUUGACUGUGAAGAUAGGAUGAGAAGUUUUCGUUAUGAAGAUGCCAAAUCGCUCUGAGAUGGUCCACUUUUAAUUCUUUGUGGUGAUGUGAUCAUUUUCUCCGGCCCCUGAGGACAUUUGGCUGGAUAUUUUGUACCACCCAUUGUAUUUGUGGCCGUGUGGUUUGGGAGUUCCCCAGCCUGUGCGGGGGAUCCCUGGGACUAGCUCUUAUGGUAUAGCAACAUGGACCAUAGCAACAGGGAGAAGGAUGACAGGCCAAGGGUGGCUAAAGCUAUGCCAGUACGGACUGGCCAUAGUUCCCGUCCAUCCAGCUCGACCACCUCCUCAGGGGUCCUUAUGGUGGGACCCAACUUCAGGGUGGGAAAGAAGAUUGGAUGUGGGAACUUUGGGGAACUUCGGCUAGGCAAAAAUCUUUACACCAAUGAGUAUGUGGCAAUUAAACUGGAACCAAUAAAAUCACGCGCUCCACAGCUUCACCUGGAAUACCGGUUUUACAAGCAACUCGGGAACACAGCUGAUGGGCUUCCUCAGGUCUUCUAUUUUGGGCCAUGUGGAAAGUACAAUGCCAUGGUACUGGAGCUUCUGGGCCCAAGUUUGGAAGAUUUAUUUGACCUUUGUGAUCGGACCUUCACUUUGAAGACUGUGUUGAUGAUAGCCAUUCAACUGAUUUCCAGGAUGGAAUAUGUACACUCCAAAAACCUCAUUUACCGGGAUGUCAAGCCAGAGAAUUUUCUGAUUGGUCGUCAAGGCAACAAGAAGGAGCACGUCAUCCAUAUCAUAGACUUUGGUCUGGCCAAGGAGUACAUUGACCCGGAAACCAAAAAGCACAUACCUUACCGGGAACACAAAAGCCUAACCGGAACAGCCAGAUACAUGUCCAUCAACACUCACCUAGGGAAAGAACAAAGUCGACGAGAUGACUUAGAAGCUCUGGGACACAUGUUUAUGUAUUUCCUGCGAGGAAGCCUUCCGUGGCAGGGCCUGAAGGCAGACACUUUGAAGGAGCGCUAUCAGAAGAUUGGUGACACAAAGAGAAACACUCCAGUUGAGGUUCUUUGUGAGAACUUCCCAGAGGAGAUGGCUACUUACUUGCGAUACGUGAGGCGGUUGGAUUUCUUUGAGAAGCCGGAUUAUGAUUAUCUACGGACACUUUUCUCUGAACUCUUUGAACGGAAGGGAUACACCUUUGACUAUGUUUACGAUUGGGUUGGCAGGCCAAUUCCUACCCCAGUGGGAUCCGUCCAUGUAGAUUCUGGGACUUCCGCGAUAACUAGGGACAGCCAUGGGCACAGGGAGAGACCGUCCCAAACACAGCCUCUAAGGCACCAGACGGGCGCUCCAGAUCGUCGAGGAGCUUGGGAGUUACAGGCCAGCCGGCAGGCCCACCCCGCUUACCUGGCACCUCACCUGGCAUCUGACCGGCAUGGGGGAUCUGUUCAGGUAAUGAGUUCAACAAAUGGACAGCUGAAUGCCGACGACCAAACAGGAGGUCACUCCAAUGCACCGAUCACAGCGCAGGCCGAGGUGGAGGUUGUGGAGGAAGCUAACUGCGUGAAAAUGCUCAACAUGUGGUGCUGCUGCUUUUUUAAAAGGAAAAGGAAGAACCACUCUCAGCGACACCACAAGUGAACUCCCAGAAUCCUGUGGGGAAGCAAUUGUGUGGGCUUGGCAUCUGCAGUGUCGCGCUGUCAGUGACUCCAGGGCUUUGGGGGAGAGAAGACGUGGGUUCUAUUCCACAUAAAACCAGAGGGGAAUAAAGAAAAUGAAAUGUCAUCGACAUUAGCCUGAGGCCGACUCGUAAAUGGUUACUGAGACUAGGUGCAAUAACGCUUGGCCCUCUGUGUCCCAAGAGGAAUUUUCAGGGCCUUUAACUCAGAACAGGGACUGGCAGGGUCCACCCCCUCCGAAAUCAUUUCUGUUAUCUCCAUUGGUAACUGCUCUCUCACAUUGCUUGAAUGCAGCAAGUUUCCUUUCUCUCCUUUAUAGCCAUGGCCAGGAGUGUGGCAUCUCAUCUCCUCUAUCUCACCUUUUCAGUCAUGGUGGCUGUAAGGAUUAAAAAAAAAAAAAAAAAAACCUUGACUAUAUUAAGGUUUUUUUGUUUGUUUUAUUAUCCCUUGUUUUGUUUUUGAUUUUUGAAAUCCCAUUCCAAUUCUUCCCUCUUUCUCGAUUAGAAAUAAACAUAGAGAAUUAUUAAAGCAUUCCACGGUAGACGGGCCGCUUCCUGCAUGGGUAUAAUGCCUCACGGAGUCUGUGUUGCACUACUGGCUUUAAACUAAAUAUACCUUUUUUCUAAUUGUGUGCAUUCACUUGCUCUGCUGCACGAGUGAGACUUGGGCUCAGGAUCUGCAAUGAUAGAGCCAUGUCUCCUUGCUUAGCUUUAUGUAUACAACCCAUCCCACAGAUAAACGGAGUAUACAUAUAGUGUUGCUGCUUCAGGGGAAAAUGUAAAUUCAGAUAGAAAAUCUUUCAAGAACUGAAUACUACAGGAAUAUCUUUUUAUGCUUGAAUUCCUACUGUUGGUCUUGCAAUGUCAUAAUUUUAAUAGCCGCUGUCAAACUUCACGUAUAUAUAUAUAUAUUUUUUUUUUUUCUGUUUUUAAAACUCCUGUUGUACAUCUUUCCUACAAAACACUACCUUGUGUUUUGUUUAAAUUGCUGUGGAGGGUAACGCUUGUUCCCUGUUUUAUAAGAUACACUGAGUUUCGCUACAGAAAACUGUGAAUACAUUGCCCAUUUUUAUAUUAAAUCUAUUUUUUUUUUCACACAAAUUGAAAUACGGUUUGCUAUAAAGCAGCUGAUUGGAUAAUCGUUUUUUGGUGGUGUGGGCUGACUUCAGUUUUGUCACUCAUUGAUCGGUUUUAUUUAUUUUUGAAUGUUCAAUUGUAUCAAAAAAAAGGAUGAGCGGUUUCGGAAUACCGGAAUUGAGUUAACCACACAACUGAUUACCACCACACUGCCAAAAUUCCACCACUGGUGGUGUCUUCACACCAGCCAAUCAGAUUCUAGCACCGCACUCCUUUAAUAGUACAAGUGGUCCACUGCAUACCUGCCCUGUGUGUAGAGCCAGCCUUGUAUCUUAACCAUGCUUUGUUAAAAUGAGGAAAUACUUAUCUGAUAUCAUGUACACUGAAAAUGGUUUAUCUGACUGUAUGAACUUCUUCCGAUUGCCGAAGAGGUAAUUCCCAAUGCACUGAAAGCCUGGGUUACCUCUAAAUGGAUUCCAAAAUGGAAGGUUUCCCCGCGGUAGUAUCCUAAUACUAGACCCCAUCUAUUGACAAACUACAAUGAACCUUUGCCUGGCACAAAAAUUCAGGUGUCUGGCAAUGGUUUGAGGGAAUUCUGAGCAAAGGGUCGAAGGCCCAGUAUUUAAAUAUCCCUGCACUACUGUUCCAGUGCCUUUUGUGUUUUGCUGUCCAGUCAUGUUCUCAAUCUUCCAACUGCUGGAAAUAAAAAUGUUUGACAAGGA